GAUAAAGCUGCUGCAUCAACCCGCGCGGCCGUCUGUCAGUGAUGUAAUGGCGCAGGAAAGUCAAAAAGCGUACAAGUGACGCCUGGCAUCAAAAUAAAAUUAGCCAUCAGCAAUCGAUUCUCAACAUGUCUGCGGAAUGUUCUGACGCGUCCACCGACCCGAGGCUGCUGCAGUAUCGGGACCUGUUUUGUCGAAUAUGCCUCCAGUACAGCAAAGGGGCGCUGAUCCCGAUUGGGGCGGAGAUAAAGAAAACCACCCUGCUGGACAUGUUUAUACAGCUCACCACAUUUGAGCUGGAUCACAAUGACGCGUUUCCAAGGUUCAUGUGCGAGCAGUGCGUCAGCAAGCUGACGCUGGCGUACAGCAUCCGGGAGGAGUUCAUCUCGCAGACCGAUCUGCUGCUGAAGCUGGUGGUGCAGAAGCAAAUCAUUAAGUACUACGAGCAAUUUCCGCUGGAACCAAAGGUUCAGGCACCGCCCAAGGUAAUACAGCCGAGCGUCCAUGCACCGUUCCGAGAGCUAAAGCCCACCCGGGUGGCGAAGCCAACCGGCGGAGUGCCGGUCGUGAAACCGCAGCAGAUGUUAAUUCAGGAAAGCAUCAAAGAUGAAACGGUAGAGGAAUUGGAUGUAGAUGAGGAGGUAAUUCAGGAGGAAAUCCUUAACGACACCACCAUCACCAACGCCGUGCCGCUGGAUGAGUCCAGUCUCGCGGUUGAUUUCAAAGACGACUGGGAUUCGUCCAGCACGGCCACCUCGCUCGAUGAGGAUGACUGGAGCUACACGCUCAACCCGAUCACGCCCCAGAAGCUGGAGGAGCUGAAUGCGGCCCGGCCCGUGCGGAUGAAGAACCCGAGCGGCUCGCGCAAGCGCCCGAAACCGGCGGAGGAGAAACAGGACAAGAAGGAGCGGAAAAACCAAUACUCCACCACCACCUGCUACAUCUGUGAUACGCACCACGAGUCGAUCGCGCAGCGGGACGACCACUUCCGCAACCACAUCCACAUGCUGCCGUACGAGUGCACGGAGUGUUUGGCCGAUCCGCCCCCGGAGGACGCCGAUUCGCCGCGGAAGGACCAGCCAGCGGCGGAACAUCCCACCCACAUCGUGCUGCGCAGCGUCAUCCAGCUGAACAGCCACAUGAUGAUGCACGGUUUUCCGCACAAGUGUGAGCACUGCUACCGGCGCUUCACGACCGUGUAUCUGCUGAAUCACCACCUGUGGAACUACCACCAGCACUCGAAGGAGGGGCUGACGUGCGAGUGGUGCGGCAAGCGGUACUACUCCCGGCGCCCGUUCCAGGAGCACGUGCGGCGCCACAAGCACUCCGUCACGGAGCGGUUCAAGUGCACGACGUGCGGGCGUGCGUUCGGCUCGAACGCGCUGCUGCGCCGCCACGAGAUGGUGCACACGGGCGAGCGCAGCCACAAGUGCACCUACUGUCCGCGCCUGUUCAGCCGCCGGUGCAAUCUGCUCGACCAUCUGCGGCUGCACACGGGCGAACGGUGCCACAAGUGCAGCGAGUGUCCGCAAUCGUUCAACACGAAAUCGUCGCUCGAGAAGCACCAGCGCAACUAUCACAGCGAUCUGGCGGUGGUGCCGCCGCGGGGCGACCGCAACAUCUACACGCUCCAGUCGGACGGGUCGCGGCUGUACCGGUGCAAGCACGAGGGCUGCACGUUCACCAGCACCUCGAGCACGACGAUGACGCAGCACCGGUUGCGCCACAACAAGCCGUGCGUUUGCGAGGAGUGCGGCCAGCGCUUCGUCUCGCCCAAGUACGUGCGCAAGCACAUGAACCUGAUGCAUUCCGGCAAGCCGCGCAAACCGCAGGGCAAGGGCAGCGCCGGCGGUGGUACGAAGAAGGUGAAGGAGGAAAUUUCCGACGCGAGCAGCGCCACCAUCCUGCCCGCGGACAACACGACGGAGCUGAUCAGUGCGGACGAAUCGCUGCUGGAAACGAAGCUGGAGGAGGAGGAGGAGAUACAGCCGGACGAUGAGGCGUGGGUCAAGAUGAAGGACGGCAUAAUACGCACCGAGUGGAACGCGGGUGACCUCAACGUGGUGCGCGAGUACGUCGUCGAGUUUGUGGAGGAUUCGAAGGAGAUUGAAAUCUGCACUGUUUCGGCAAUGUUUGUUUACAAAACAAUGGAGCAGCUGCAGGGCGAAGAUGCUGCUACCACGUCCUGUCCAAUGGAGUCGUACUCGACCGCACCGCAAACGGCAGUCCUGCAACGCUUCUGCCGACUGUGCAUGCGAGAGUUCCCCUUUCUGCUGCCGUUCAAUGCUACGCUCAAAGAAAUCGCGCUAGCCGACAUGCUGGAACGACUGCUGGGUUCGUUCAAGCUAAAGCAAACGCCCAAUCUGCCGAACGGCGUCUGCUCGCACUGUGUCGCGAAGCUGGACUACGCGUACCACGUACAGAAGGAGCUUGUGCGGAACGAGCAGCGCUUGCGGCAUUUUCAGCAGGAGGGAAAUUUGUUGCAGAAAUUGUUUGAAUAUCAAGCUAACAUUAUAGUGACCAAAGAGGAUGGGGGCGGUGAUAGAAUGGUGGCGGGGUAUGGCAGUGGACUGCUGCCGGAGACGAUCCAGCUCGAUCCGAAGCAGGACGUACCGGAUAUGGCCGAUGCGGAGCAGCGCGCGGCAGCGGCGUACAAAACGCUGGUACCGCCGGGCGGCUGGGCUGUAAUGGAGUGCGAUUGUCCGGAGAAAUCGAUGGCCGCAUCCACCCGGCGAGCUCCGCGGACCAUGAAACCCGCUCGUCCGCAGCAGCGAACUUUGCGCAAUCGCCACGUGCUCCGGCAAGCAAUUGAUGCAGAAAAUCCAACCGCUUUAAAUGCAACCGCUAUUGAUCCCUGUAAAUGCUACAUAUGUAAUACCGUGCUGGAGUCGGAAGAAGACUGUCGGGCUCAUUUGGCCGUGCAUGUGGACAUGUUGCCGCAUGUUUGCCCCGAGUGUCGCACGCCGAAUGCGACGGAGGAGGAUGACGACGCGCCGAGUACCCCAAUCACCUCGCUGGCAAUGUUACAGCGCCACUACCGCAUGCACUCCUACCCACUGAAAUGUCCGCACUGUCCGCAACGGUUCCGGAAGCACACGUCCGUCUACACGCAUGUGCGCUAUCGGCACGAAAUGUUCGACAAUCCGGAGGGUUUCACGUGUGACGUGUGCGGCGUAACGAUGCAGUACCGUCCCUCCUUCAUGUACCACAUGCGCAUCCACUACCACGAACAGAUGGGCACGUUCCGGUGCCAGUACUGUGAUCGUGUGUUUGGAACACGGGCCCGCCUAGAGCGUCACGAACGGGCACACACGGGCGAGCGGCCGUUCGCUUGCCAUCUGUGCCCGAAAACGUUUGUGCACGCGGGCCAGCUGGCAACGCACAUCGCGCGGCACAAUAACGAGCGCGGCCACCGGUGCUCGCAGUGCGGCAAAGCGUUCUACAGCAAAGCGAUGCUGCGGCAGCACCUGGAAACGCACGAAACGCACGAAACGCGCAAAGCGAGCAACGCGGCGAAAGUGCGCCAACGGCCCUGCGCGUAUGCGGGCUGUACGCACGUGGCGCGCACGUAUCAGGCGUACUACAUGCACCGGCUGCGGCACGAGAUGGCGCACCGGUGUGAGGAGUGUGGCCGCCGGUUUGCGCGAGCGUGCGAGCUGAGACGGCACCGGCGCAUCUAUCACUCCUCGGAACAUCCGUUCCGGUGUGAGCCGUGCGGCAAAACGUUCCUUAGCUCGCAGAGCUACCGCGAGCACAUGGACUCGCACGCCAAUGUGCGCCGGUUCGAGUGCGAAGUGUGCGACAAAAAGUUUGUGCGCCGGCGCAACCUGGUCAACCAUCGGAUGUCGCACACGAACCAGCGGCCGUACCGGUGCGAGUAUUGUGACAGUGCCACGUUCAAGUAUAAGAGCGACUUGAACCGGCACCGGAAGGACAAGCAUGGCCAGGCGGAGCACGGCGAGCAGACGUCGGCGUUGGCACAAGAAGACGAAGAUGAAGCGGACGGGGAAAAGAUUGUGCUGAUGAAUGCGGACGAUCCCAUCAUGGAUGUGAUACUGGAGGAAAGUGCGCCGCAGGGCAUACUGAUCAACGAGAACAUUGAGCUGGACGGGACAUACGGGGAGGAAAUUGAGACGGUCGAAGAGUCGAUCGUCGUUGAGCAGCCGAUCGUUAGCAUCGGUAUCGAUGAGGUGACCAAGGAGGAGUACAUAAUAGAGUACAUAAACCAUGUCACAUCCGACGCGUUUUGUCGAAUAUGUUUGCUGAAGCGGCCCCACCUGAAGUCGCUGAUGGAGCGGGUCGAUGGCGUGAUGAUACCGGAAAUGCUGUACAAAGUGUGCGGCCGCCAGAUCGAGGUGCAGGAGGGCUACCCGCGCAGCAUCUGCCAACGGUGUCUGUGCCAGUUGGACUGUGCGUUUAAAUUUUUGAACGAGUUCCACCAGCAGGACGAACGUUUGCGCAGCUUCUACUGGAGCGGUUCCGUGGUGAAACGGCUGCAGGAAUACCAGAAGGAAGGGAGUGAAACGGUAGAAAAACGGUUUGCCGAACUGGUCACCCGUAAUGCGAAAAUGCUGAGCCCGCCAACUAAGCACAUGUGCCACCGGGAGACGAACACCAGCCAGCGCCCCAAACUGGUCGAUGCUAGUACGCUGACAGACAAGGAGGCGGUGGUGGAUCUAGCGCUGGUCAAAACGGAGGACGGAAGCGUAGUGUCCGACGAUUUGGUGGUGGAGGACGAGGAAGGAGUGUAUCUCGAGUAUGCGGACGAUUUCGAUGCAUCCAUCAAGGACGAGCAGCUGGUGUCGAUGAAAAUCGAUGUGCUGCAAUCGGGCGACGAGGCGGAAUCGGACGCCGAACCCAAGGAGCGCAGGAAGCGAGCGCCACAUACGGCCACCAAAAGCACCCCGUCGUCGCGUUGGUCGACUCGGACAAGCCAACCUUUGCCGAAGAAGCAGCAGGAAGACAGCGAUACGGAUGAUCCGGCUACGGAGGAAGAUUUCAAGGAGCUGUUCGAGGAAAGCGAACCAGACACUAUGUUAGAGAUGGACGAGGAUGAGGAAGACGAUGAUUUUGAUGAAGAGGAUGAGGAGGAGGAUGAAGAGGAAGAUGACGAGACUGAGGAGGCGAAGCACAUGGUGGAGGAGCAGACGCCGCCGUUGCAGCUCGAUCCGCUGCGCUGCUACAUCUGCGACCGAAACGAGGAAUCGAAAACGAUGCUGGAGCAACAUCUCGAUAUGCACAGCCUGAUGCUGCCGUACGAAUGUAGAAUUUGCCAGGUGGAGGGUGGACCCGCCCGCACGCUCAAAACCAUCUCCUCCCUGCAGAACCACUUCCGCUCGCACCACUACCCGUUCGGGUGCGGCACUUGCGGCAAGCGGUUCCUGCGCAAAGCGCACUUGAUGACGCACAUGGACAGCCACAACGAGGAGCACCUGGAGUGUGGCGAGUGCGGGCGACAGUUUACGCACCGCAAAACGUGGCAGAACCACCUGAAGCGCCACGUGGCCGUGCGGACUGGCGCGUUCAAGUGCGGCACCUGCGGCCGGGCGUUCGGCAACCGGGCCCGGUUGGAUCGGCACGUGCGCUCGCACACCGGCGAGCGGCCGUUCGGGUGCAAGUACUGCGACAAGCGGUUCUACGACCGCCACCAGCAGCAGCGCCACACCGAGCGGCACUUCCGCGACCAGGAGUGCAGCUGCGAGAUUUGUGGCGAAACGUUCCCGGGCGCCAAGAAGCGCGACCAGCACAAGGUCGAGCAGCAUCUGAGCGGCCCGGAGCUGGAGGCGUUUUUGGCGCGCAAAUCCAGACAGCGGUCGUACAAGAAGCCGGCCGUACUGAAGGAUAAGAAGUGCCCGUUCGCGGGGUGCGAUUACGUCGCCAACACGUACGGCGCGAUGUACGUGCACAAGCGCACCAAGCAUCAGCCGGUGCACAAGUGCGAGCUGUGCAACAAAUCGUACGCCUUCCUCAACCAGCUGCGGGUGCACAUGGCGCUGCACACGGGCGAGAAACCGUACCAGUGUGAGAUUUGCGGGCGCAGCUUCCGCCGCGGGUUCAGCUACAAGGAGCACAUGGAGAUGCACAACCCGGAGGCGAGCUACAACUGUCCGACGUGCAACAAAAGCUUCAAGCGGCCCCGGUACCUGCAGGCGCACGUGCUGACCCACACCGCGGUGCGCAAGUUUUCGUGCGAAAUCUGUGGCAGCUGCUACAAGACGAACGGGGAGCUGAAGAAGCACACCAAGAACAAGCACGGGCUGGACAUUGUGGAGGAGGAGGUGCGCGAGAUAGUCAUCGAUGCGGAGGAUACGGAUAUAUCGUCGUUCGUUGUGGAGUACGUUUGAACGCGCUCGUGAGUGAAGCUAUACAUUAGGUCCUUGUGCGCUCUUUUAUUUGGAAUGGAAAAUCCAAAAUAAUCCCAAAAAAUGCUUAUACUAGUUACUUUUGUACGCGAGGUACAUAUUAUGCUUGUAUUCAGUCGGUUUUUGACUUUGCCGGCCAGAUUAUAGGCAUACUAAACGGAGGUAGUUCCGGAUGCGAACCAAAUCGCGUCCGAUCUUCACAAACACAUAACCAUGUACGAAUGCUAUAUAAAUAGGUGACAUAUACGUAUGUCUUUGAAAUGAUUUAGAAUAGGACUCGAUACAAAUGAAUAAAAAAUAUAUUAAAAUAAACGUA